AAAGUUCAUCUGUAUUUUCAAGAGAAGCAGUGUUUUCCCUUCCAACAUGAUGUAGUCAAGCAAAACUGGCCCAAAACUCCUGUUGCAAAAUACAUUUGAAUUCAUACAAGCGUGUUGUUGGACUGCAUAAUGCUGUAUAUUCAAUAUGUAUAAAUGUAAAACUUGUAGCUAUGCUAAAGUUAAUGCAAUUCUGAUAUAACCACUGUAAAUAACAGCAUAUGCAGCUCUCGUGGUAGAGGUUUAGUAUGCAUGUAAAACAUAAGCUACAUAAAAUGAGUGGUGGCUGUUGCAGACACUGCUACAUUUGCAACUAAAAGGUUUGACAGUUGUUGCAAUAAGGUCACAUAUUUCUGAAUGAAAACAUAUUUUAAAUGCAACUAUAGUUGUAUGUUCUUAGCUGUAGAGGAAAAUGCGAUUUGGGCAGUUGCCAAAGUUCAACUAUGGCUUGGAACAGGCGACAGUAGCUGUAAACUGAAAUAUUUAGUAUUCAAAAUGUCACUAAAAGUAGCCUCAACCCACGUUUGUUUAUGGUUUAAGGUCUGCCAAAAUAUUUAUUAAAAUCACGUUAUGUGUAACAUUUUGGUCUAAGUUGAUCAUCAGCCGUUUAUUUUCGUUGAGCGGCUACACUCGUUUAAGGUAAAUUGAAUUCCACGGGCGCCUAUUCCUCCUCCCGUGCAGCAGUUGGACCAGGUUCCAUACAGGUUUACCUGGAGCCGCUCGCGCGCCGCCUGACGUGUGGUGCGGCUCUCAGUGCGCGCUCUGUGGGGGAGGGGGCUCUACAAACACGCCAGGCAGGAAGCGACCUGCCUGGUUACGUUUGGGCGUCAAGACGCGAAAGCCCCCCGCGGUGCUGGGGCUGCUUGCGUGGGGCACGCAAUGAAAUAUUCCGAAGAAUUACGAAUUCACGAGGAAACACCAGAGAAUACCCCCCCCACACACAGAACAAGAGCGACCCCCACCCCUCAACAAACCGAGGUCAAAGUUCACAGGAAGCUGGGGGGCUGCCAUUUUUUCCCUGCUGCUACUGCUAACGUUUAACGUUAGAUGCUAAACCGACGGGGAGGGGCGCCUGGUUUUGGGUUUUGUAGCUAGCUGGUAACAACACGCCGACAUCGUUGCACAAAAUACGACAUUCCUCCGAUCGUCGUCGCUCACAACCAGUGUUACUUGGAUGAAUUCGGCAUGGAGAAAGUAGCGGAGCCGUCUUGGACUUCUUCGUACACCUACCAGGUGAGCAAGCACAGUGCGGAGAUGCUACACAACCUCAACGUUCAGAGGAAAGAUGGAGGCAGGUUCUGCGAUGUUGUCCUGCGCGUCGGCGAGGAGAGCUUCCCUGCCCACAAGGCAGUGUUAGCCGCGUGCAGCGAGUAUUUCGAGUCGGUCUUCGGCCGCCAGACGGAGGACGACGGCGACGCCAAGGAGCUGGAGAUGCACACGAUCAGCCCGAAAGUUUUUAAAGACAUCCUGGACUUCGCCUACACCUCCAGGAUCGUGGUGCGGCUGGAGUGCUUCCCGGAGUUGAUGACAGCUGCCAAGUUCCUGUUGAUGCGGUCCGUCAUCGAGAUCUGCCAGGAGGUGAUCAAACAGUCCAACGUCCAGAUCCUCGUCCCGACCUGCCGGGGAGGAGACGCCAGCCUCUUCCAGGCCACGGCGGCCACGGAGCUCGGCUUCCCCGUGGCGCAGCAGGAGCUGGUGAACGGAACGGGGAUGCUGGUGAACGGCCAGAGCUUUGUGAACAAUGCCCAGAUGCAUGUGGAGGCGAGCGGAGAAGCCGCCGCCGUGUUACUGGAGGACGGCGGCGGGUCCUCGGUGCCGAUGCUGGAGCCCGUGGAGCGGCUGUCGGUCUCCCCGUCGACGGAAAUAACGGGCAACGCGUUUCAUCACGACGCUGGCUCCCCGGGGUCGAAGCGAGGAAGGGGGCGACCGAAGAAGGCGAGCGGACCAGUGGAAGCCGGACACUUUAACCACAGCACCGACAAGGACAACGGGCUGUUUCCUUGCGGGACGUGCGGGAAAGCGUUCACGGAAGCCUCGCGCCUGAAGAACCACGAAGCGCAGCACGGAGCCUCCGCCGGCGGCGCGCACGGCGUGGGUGACAGCCUGUCGCCGGCCGCUGCCAUGUCCCUUGUGUCUCAGCCGGGCCUGGUGGAGAACGGCGUGCUGCUGCACGGGGGGCUGCCGCUGGACAACGGCCGCAAGAGGGAGCGGACCCGGCGGCACGUCGGCUGUGACAUCUGCGGGAAGGUGUUCCGCGACGUCUACCACCUGAACAGACACAAGCUCUCCCACUCCGGGGAGAAGCCGUACGCGUGCCCGGUGUGCGGGCUCCGGUUCAAACGCAAGGACAGGAUGUCGUACCACGUGCGCUCCCACGACGGCUCUGUUGGCAAACCGUACGUGUGCCAAAGUUGUGGUAAAGGCUUCUCGAGACCAGACCACCUGAAUGGGCAUAUCAAACAAGUUCACACAACAGAGAGACCCCACAAGUGCCAGAUUUGUAAUGCCUCUUUUGCCACGAGAGAUCGCCUGCGUUCACACCUUGCAUGCCAUGAGGACAAAAUCCCCUGCAAAGUUUGUGGCAAGUUUCUACGAGCUGCCUACAUGACGGACCACCUCAAGAAACACAGUGAAGGGACGCAUAACUAUUGUGGCAUUUGCAACAAAGGUUUCUCCACUGCAUCCUACCUUAAGGUACAUAUAAAGACGCACCAUGGCUCUCCACUCCCCCCCUCAGCCACAAUGCACACCUUCCCUGAGCCAAGGGGGGAGCUGCAGAUGCACAACGGUACCCCUUACCACAUGGGACGCCAGUGCUCAGUGGAAGACCUGUGCGCCAGUCGCCAGCUGCUUCUCACCUCGUCUGAGGCAGAGGGUCGCUUUCAUGGGCUCUCUGGACACCCAGUUCUUCCCCAGCCUGGCCCUCCAGCCUUGGGCCUGCAGCCUGAGCUGCUCAUGGGGAAGCCAGGCGGGGGUCCAUAUUUCUGGGAGUGCCGCUCUGGCGGAGUGCCUGGCUUCCCCGUCCCUGGGCCUGUCGCAGAAGGGCGAGAAGAUGCUGAGAAAUGUCCUCACCUGGAAUCAGAGGAAUCCAACAGCGACGAGCUCAAAUCUCCACACAAACCUGACGGCCCGGAGCUUGAGAUGCCCUCUUUAGUCUGUAACGGAGCCUCUGCAGGGCCCAUGGGGUCCCCAGAGGGAUCCAAAGCCAAGACGGACCCCGAGAAGAAAUUUACUUGUGGCAUAUGCGGUCAGGCCUUCCGCACCAAGUCCUACCUCAACAAGCACCAGCACAGAGUUCACAAAGCCCACAAAAUCCAGGGGAUUUCAGGGUCUGGAUUGAGUGAUCUCGCCCCGCCCCUCACCUCUCCUUUCUCCCCUCAGCAAAACAUGUCUCUGCUUGAGUCCUUUGGCUUUCAGAUUGUCCAGUCGGCUUUCGCCUCCUCGUUAGUGGACGCUGAGGCAGGUCAAAGUGGAAUUGACUUUGGAGGGAAAUGACGUGUAUUUGUUCUUAUUGCUGGACGAAGCCAGGCUACAGAGGAUUCUCUGUAUUUGGGAAUAACCUUGCCUCAAGACUACUUUCUUUGUUUUUCUACUUUUUCAGAGUAUGAAAAGUGUGUGCAUGGUGUUUUAUUUUGUUUAAAAGAAAUGACAUGAAGGUUUCCUUGAUUUCAAGUGGAUCUGUUGAAGUUAUGCUUAGUAGGCUUUUGGUUUUUUGUGGCUUGUGUUUAUCUGAGCUUUAUUGGUUGCACAUGUUUGUGGCAUAAGGUUAUUUACAGCAUUUUUAAGACCGGUAAUUUGUUGUCUGGUUGCCCACCUUAACUGCGCUUUUGUACUUGAUAGGUCACCCCUUGGCCAUUACAACAAUUUAAUUGUAUUAGUCUUUGCUCCCCUAAAAGUCGUAAACGUCUUAACUUCAGAUCAACGAGCUGAGAUUUGUAUCCAGAUUGUUCUGGUUUGUAUUUUUCUUAAUGACAGGGAUUCGAUUGACCUUGGAGAGGAAUUGUUAGUAGUUUACUGCAUCCCUAUCAGGCUCAUGGCAUAUUUCAUUUACCGGUAAACAUUUGUACGAAAGGUAAGUUGAAAGGCUGCUGAGCAGCAUUGAUGGUUAACCGUAAUUCUCUGCAGUCCUGGACAACUAUCAGUUCACAAGCACUUUUUGAAAAUGUAUGAUUAAACAUUAAAUUAGAAUCCUUACAGCCUUUGCUGUAAGAUCAUUUGGCAGCAGAAAGGCUGGGAGAAAUCCUUUUUUCAUAUAGUCAACAUCAAGUGAAUAAUGAAUCUACCUCGUAGAAUAAAAUACCACCGUAAUGCUUCUGGCAGGGUUAAUUCCUCUACUAACAUGAUACAAUGUAGACAACAGCUACAGACAGUCUAAACAUACUUUCAGUCUCACUGGCAUUUAUUUAUUGUUGUCAUUAUUUUAGAAAAGCAUUUGUGGGGUAAUGAUGUACUCCUUCCUCUGUAUAAUUCUCAUCUAUUGGCAGCUUAUUUGGAUGUAAAAAAUGCCUUUGUUGUAUUUGGUUGUUUGUAACGUGUACAUUUUUUUUGCGAUUGAAGAGUGGAAAGGUGUUUCCUAACAUGAUCUGCAGUGAGACAUCUGCAGGGUUUAUUUAACAAGUCUGUGUUGUCUAGGGUCUCACGCGCGUGAUGAAAUAUGCCCUGAGCUUGUGGGGAACCAGCUUUGCACCCCCACAGUAACGGCAGUGUAUUGUUUGAUAGGUGUUCAAUCAGCUGUGUACAAGAAACAGGGACCAAGGUUGGGAGUAUUUUCAGUAUAUAUUUUGAGAAAUGUAGAUUAUAUUUUAUUAACUUAUUCAUGCCCAUGGUUUGGUGUACAGCUUCCUUGUUUUUUGUCAAAACAAAAAUCUUGUGAUUUGCUCCUUUUUGUUGACUGGUUAUUCUAAAUUAUGUUCAGUUGAAAUAUGUAUUUGUUAUGUGUGUGUUGUGUAACGGGUUGUGGUGUGAAGAAGAAUUCACACCUGGAUCCACCACCAUCAAAAAUCUUACUGUUAAAGGCUCCAGUAAUCCAGCAGUGCUUUUUUAUCACCCACAUAGCUCGCACCGCUCAUCACCCUGUCUGAGUUACUUGUGCUGUUUGUAGACCAUGUGUCUUGUGUUUGUACUAAAGGUUACUAAGUGAAGCCACGUGCAAUCAUAUGGAAGUAUCGUUGAAAUGUCUUUCAUCCAUAUCGUUGGUAUCAAGUGAUCCUUCUUUUAACAGUCCACUCUCAUCAAAUCUGUGCACAGUGGGAGCCUCACAUCCACGUUUCUGCUUUCUUUGUUAACCUGAACCUUUAUAUCGUGCUGAGCUGUUUUCUAAAUUGGUUUUCAAAACCCAAAGAUAUUUACUGUCAUAGCAACCUUCAUAUUUUAGACACUAAACUAGAGAAUGUUUUCGCUCAAUUAAUAACUGAAAUUAGUCCUUUUGUUAUAGAUACAUUUUUAGCCUAAUUGCUCCGGUCCAGAUCAGUGAAAAAUCCAAACAGACUUUUUUAAUAAUCAUGAUGCACAUAGUAAAGAAUAAAACUAGAUUAUUAAUGAAUUUAGCUCCAAAGCACCCAAUAUAACAUAAUUAUUAUCAUGUAGGCCUCCCUCAUGCCACACACCUGUUAUUAACAUGUUUUUGUUAAAAAUUGUAAUGUGAUGCAAAUCAGACUCAGUCCAACUGUGUGAGAGUGUGUGAGAGAAACCAUGAUGCGGUUAAAAACGGUGUCAUGUCUGUGUUUGUUCCCAUUCUGUCUUGUUCAAUAAUUAUUUGUGGGUAUGGUCUGUUAAUUUCAGUGCAUUCCUAUAUUAUUUAUGGCUUUAUUGUGAUUGUACCAAGUGUAUAUACCAUUCACAUACAUAUUCUAUAAAUAUAUAUAAAUAUAUAUGAACCAACCAAUAUGAUCGAUGUCUGUCAGUGGUGGUCCUGUAUAUAUUUAGAUUUUUUUUUCUUGUCCGUUUUGUGGAGCGAUGCUCGUCACGGCCUUGUUGACAGGAUGUGUAAACUGCAUGUUCUUGUCCGUGAGCGGAGCUGGAGGAUGAAUGUCGAUCACUGGUUGGUGGCAGCAUUAGCUCCGCUGUUCACUCUGCUCUGGUAGUGCUCACACUGCUAGCUGCACGACUCACAUCUGUGACCAAGUUGUUUCCUCCUAACCAUCCCCUCUGCACUAGCGUUUCCUCCUUCAAACGAUAAUAAGGGUUUCUUUGUUAUUAGUAUUUGAAAGUGGGAGAAUUAAAUACGAGCCUUUGUUUCAGCGGUUUCUUCAUUGGGAUGAAUGAUUAGUUUCACUCAUGCUGGUACUAAAUGUAAACAAUCUUUUCAUGGAUUAUUUAGGACUAAAUGUUUUGCUUUCUGCUUUUGGUCUGUUGCAAAGUGCCUUCCAAAUACUGAUUGUGCACAGCAGUGGAUUAAAAAAGGUCCUCUUUUCUAAAGCUAAGAAAUGUACAGAGUGAGCUACAUUGACACUUUUGUAUAAAAAACACACAGAAAAUGUACAAUAUAUUACCUUGGUAUUUUAUCAUCAUACUCAACAAGACAAGCUCUUAAAACAUGUGAGCUACAUGUUUUGUUAUGACGUCUUUGGACACAUUUCAAUAUAAGCAUACUUUUCUAUAGAUAUUUGUUUUUGUACUCUGUUAUUGAGCCUCAUCUCUUUUGUUGGUACAGAGAUGAGCAUCAAAUAAACUGCAGUUGAAAAAGCUAAUAA